AUGCGGGGGCAGCUUGCGAGAAGCAUUGGCAAGACGGUGCCAGGCCGCCUGGGCUGCUCUGCGCUGUCGAGCAGGCAGCAGGGUGCAUCUGCGCGGCGCCAGCCGCGCACAGUGCCCUCGGCGGCGCGGGCGGAAAGCCAGCAGGCGGGCCCCGCCGCGGCAGAGAAGCAGGCAGAGAAGGAGGAGCCGCAGCGCGGACACCAGGCGCCCCAGAACAGCGCCGCCAACCUGGAGGCCACCGACCCCGAGAUCCUGGCCUACCGCGAGCACCAGCAGACGGCGGCGCGGAUCAGCCUUGCGGAGGAGGCCAGGACGCUGGUGGCGCUGGGCAAGUUUGGCGUGCUGUCCACCAAUGCGCGUGGGGAGCUGGAGGGCUACCCCAGCGGGUCGGUGGUGGAGUUUGCGGCAGACUCGAAGGGCCGCCCCGUGUUUGCCUUCUCCACCAUGAGCCCCCACACCGCCGACAUCAAGAAGGACGGGCGCUGCUCAUUCACCGUGAUGGCAGAGCCGUUCAGGGGCAUCGCCGACGGGCACGUCACGCUGAUUGGCAAGGCGGCGCCCAUCUCCAACGAGGAGGAGCGGGCUGCAGCCAAGGAGGUUUACAUGUCGAAGCACCCCAGCAGCGUUUGGGUUGAGUUCGGAGAUUUCGGCUUGUUCCGCAUGAACGAAAUCGUGUCGGCGCGCCUGGUUGCGGGCUUUGCGCCGUCGGGCAAGAUCACAGAGGAGGAGUAUGGCGCCGCCCAGCCCGACCCCGUGGCGCCCUUCUCGGCGCCGGUGGCGGGGCACAUGAAUGCCGACCACGCCGAGGCCACGGUGGCGAUGAUGAAGCAUUACGUGGGCAUCACAGUGAGCAAGGCCGCUAUCAUGUCCAUCGAUCGCCUGGGCAUGACUGUCUCCUGCGAGCGCGGCCAGGACCAGUUCAAGGCGCGGCUGCCCUUCCCGCGCCCCGCCACCGACCGCAAGAGCAUCAAGGAGCUGAUUGUGGAGAUGACGCGGGCGGCGGCGGUGGCGCAGAGCUGA